AAAAUGAAAUUUAUUGCAUUUUCGCUAUUUGUGUUUGUAACACUGUUACAGUUGGGUCAGCUAAAUGCCCGUGAAGUGCUCCGUAACGGCCAAUGGCCUCCACCAGAGCUUCUGAAGCAUGUUGCACCAAUUCGAACGAAAUGCCAAGCUCAAAUUGGUAUCAGUGAUGAGGCUAUCAAAGAAUAUGAUGUCGGCGAUAGUCUAGAAGCCAAACAAUCAGUUAAAUGUUAUAUGGCGUGUUUAUUCCGGGAAUUCAAUGCGAUUGCUCCGAAUGGCGAUGUGAAUAUAAAAGCACUCGAUCCGUUCUUUGCUGGACUGAAUGACGAACUCAAAACGUCUGUUUAUAAAGUAAUUGCCGCUUGCCCGGAGAAUAUUCCUGGAGAAGACGAUUGCGAAAGAAUCUAUCUUUAUAGUAGUUGUUUGAAGAGAACGGGCCCAAAGUUUUACUUUUUGCCUUGAUUCGAGUUGCUCUCAAUCUCUGAAUGCAGUCAUUUCUCCCUGGCUGUGACUUGAAAUCGGAAUAGGAGACAUAAAACAAAGAUGAUGAUGAUUUUAUUUCAUGAUUGCAACAAAUCUAAAAAAAACUUUUUUUACUAAUAACUUGCGGAUAACUUUUAAUAAAUUGUAUGAUUGGCGCC